AUGAACCCUCGCACCCUCCUCAUCCUCGGCUCAGGCCCCCGCAUCGGCUCUGCCAUCUCCGAGAAAUUCGCCGCAGACGGAUAUAACAUCGCGCUCGUCUCACGCAACGGCUCAAACUCCAUUAACGACAAAGGCUAUCUUUCCCUGAAGGCUGAUUUCGCCGAUAAUGAUCCCAGUGUCCUAGCUUCCGUCUUCGAAAAGGUCGUGAGCGAGUUCAACGCGCCACCGAGCGUCGUCGUGUAUAAUGCUGGUUCUAUCACUCCGCCAUCUGAUCCUGAUUCCGCUCUGUCUAUCCCGAGUACUCGCGUCACCAACGACCUGAACGUAAAUGUGAUUACCCCCUUCAUCGCCGCACAACACGCUAUCAAACACUGGGCAUCUCUGCCGACAGACCUCGACCUCCCCAAGCUAUUCAUCUACACAGGCAACAUCUGCAACGUCGCCAUCCUCCCCACCCCGCUCCUCUUAAACGGCGGUAUGGGAAAGGCCGCCUCCGCAUACUGGAUCGGUGUUGCGGACGGCUCGUACGCUGCCAAGGGAUACCGGCAAGUUCUCAUUCUCCUUCUCGUUCUCAUCUAUACCUCAAUUGAUUCCGCAUAUGCAUAUGAUAUGUAUCUCAAGAGCAAGACAUUUCCUCGUCGCCGUGAGCGCGCUGGCUGGCUAACUGACUUUCCUAGCUUCCUUUACGCGGACCAGCGCCUGGCUGAUGGCAAGCUCGCAGGUCAAGCUGUCGAUGGGCCGGCGCAUGCGGAUUUCUAUAUGCGGUUGGCGGCGAGCGGGGCGGAGGGUGUCCCGUGGCAUGCUACGUUUGUUAAGGAUAAAGGGUAUAUUGAAUUCUAG